AUUGCGACGUCAUAUCGAGCUUGUGCACAGUCUGCCCAUCAUCGCCACCAGCAGCGGCAUUGAGUCCUAAUAUUGAAGAAUAUCAGAUCCCGUUCCACUCUCGCUUCGAGCCCCCACUGCCGGAGGCCCGUUCGCCCGUGCACGGUACGCACCAUGAAGCCCUAUAUGGUUAUCUUUAGAGACGGCGCGCCGCAGGCCUCGAUCGACGCGCAGAUCGCCGACAUCGAGGGCAAAGGCGGCAAGGUGACGCACAAGUACAACAGCAGCAUCAUGCGCGGCUUCGCCGCCACUAUACCCGACGAUCAUGCGCAGACGCUCCGCGCCGUCUCCGAGGGCGGCAAGCACGAACACAUCGAAUACAUCGAGCCAGACUCGGAGGUGCGGACGCAGUAGACGCGCUUGAGCGGGAGCCACACAUGGAUGAAUACAUAUGAUGUGCCAUAAGACUGUCUCUACUUUUUCCUCUGCUUAGUGCUGAAGUACAUAGGAAAUUGGCCGAUCCGCCGCUAGUAGAUCUCCGCCAUUGCCAGCGCAACCGUAGCCGUCCAGCCAGUGAACGGAUGCGCGCGCUGCCCGUGGCCCGUCGUCGCGUUAUACUGCUCCCACGUCC